UUUGGCUUACGUGCUCACUGCCGCGGUUGCAAGAGUUUCACUUUUACCUAGCGAUAACUUACUGUCAUCCAAUGACAUUAAUGAUGCGAACUUACGAGUUUUACUUACAAAUAUUCGACAGAAGUGGAUGAAUAUCUGAUUACUGUAACAGAUGCUUACAAUUAGUUUGAUACACGUUUAUAGUUGUGCCGGAUAUACUUGAUGGGAGGUUAUGCCUAAUUGCUGUUGUGGAUCACUUUGUUUAAUGACUACGCCUAUAAGCAAACCCUGGGAGCGGUAUCGGUGUUUUAACGCGCAAAACAUGAUACGUGAAUCAAAGUAAUUGAUUCGGCAUUACCUAUUAUCACUCCGGAAGAUCGUUUUCUUGUGGCAACUUUGAACUUUGGCGCCGUGGCAGUAUUUCGCAAAGUAAGAUUUGGAAAAUGAAACAUAUAAUUAAUUUUGAAUUGUCCCGUAAAAUACAACGGUAUAAUUUGAAAUUAAACAACAAAUGGUAAAUACUGUAGCUACGGCCACGGGCACACAAAUAAGACAACUGAUGAUAAUUUUCCGACUGGGUUCGAUUGUUUUUGUGUAAUAUUAGUACCUCCCUGGACAUGAAUCAGGGAGAACACCUGUCCCCACAUCAGGUAUUGCGAUGGCUUACACGCAUAUACGCGAAAGCGCUCGCAUACGCAUACUUACUUCUACUCAUACUGAUGUGUAUGUACGCUCUGUCCUUAUACAUAAGCGAACGCUUUCGCGCGUGUAUGAUCCCAUGCCAGAUGUCCCCUGAUUCCCUAAUACGUGGAUAGGUGUCUCCCACCCGGGGAGUGGAGACCACCACCAGGAGCGUGGCCAGGUGCUUCCGUGAUUCGUGGCCAGGAUGCAUUUCUGUGCUGUUCUGCGCAUACCAUUGCGAAAAGCUGUGCGAGCGAGGACAGAGUCUUUUGACGUUAAUCAAACUUUUAUACAACGUUGCGGAAAAUUGGCUAAAUAUUGAAGCACUGAAGUCGUUAGUAACCGGCAAGAGGAUGAGAAGGCAUGUAAAAAACAAUCCGACAAAACGAAAGGUCACACCGUCACACACCACACUCGACGAUCAAAAGUCAUUGUGCAACUUCAGUAUCUCGAAAAGCCAUCCAUCUUCCAAUCCUCCAAAAAAAGCCAGCCAUCUUUCACUGAAAACGAUUUAAGGAACGUAUAUUUCGCCAAAUACAGGAAGUAUGAAUAUACGCUAGCCUUUAGCCAGCCACUGCCGGUUAGCAGGGCAGCGGUAGCCAAGCUGAAGGGAUAGACAGGGAUAGAUAGUGCAUGUUGUAUUGUAUAUACUUGCAGCUUGACUACGGGGCAGCUCCGACGCUCGAAAACAGAGAAGAGGCACGCGAUCCGCUGGUCAUUAUUAGUUUGGGACUUAGGUAUAGACACAGCAAACGUCUCUAUGGUUUAGGUGGUUUCAGACUUCCAAAAGUAACACCAAAAAGUACCGAAUCCGAUAAAACGCCGAAAAGACAUGCCAGCUUCACCGGUCAAUCGUUUCGGUUCGCAGAGCACCGAUGUUCUGCAGAAUCAAGGCAAUAGUACUCGUGGAACACAGUGUGGAAGGCAGUUCACUAUCGGGGAUAAUGCUGAUGAUGAGCCAUGUAGAACAGAUCUCCCUUCCGAAACAUUUGGCAUGCAAACACAAACCGGCAUGGAUACGGAAGGCGGCGUAAUAACAGCUCCGGCUAAUCUACUAAACGCUCCAGUUCCUGUAACGAAAAUCGAAAAGUUGACGGACGAAGAAAUCCUCCUGUUGAUAAAAGCUAAGAAAUUACGACAGUAUAAACUGGAGGAGGAAUUAAAAGAUCUUCAGCGCGCGGUGUGUAUUCGUCGGUCCCUGAUUCUGGCGGAUUUAGUCGAUAAAACCGCACUGGAGAAUUUACCCUUUAAGGAUUACGAUUAUUCUCUCGUCAAAGGAAGUUGCUGUGAAAAUGUCAUCGGAUACAUCCCGGUACCCGUUGGCGUUGCUGGACCCUUGCUGUUAGAUGGCCAGUCGUACUGGGUCCCGAUGGCCACAACCGAAGGCUGUAUUGUAGCAUCAGCCAGCCGCGGUUGCCGAGCCAUUUCCUUGUCUGGCGGGGCGCAUACUGAAUUGAUCAACGACGGAAUGACACGAGCGCCGUUGCUCCAGUUUCCCGGUAUCGUCGGAGCCCGAGAAGCGAAAACGUGGAUAGCUGGGGAAGGAUUCAGCGCACUGAAAGACGCUUUCGAUAGAACGUCGCGGUUUGCCCGACUGCAGAGUGUGUUUACGGAGGUUGUGGGACGGCAGUUACAUCUGCGGCUGCAGGCUACGACAGGCGACGCUAUGGGGAUGAACAUGCUGGGUAAAGGCACGGAAAAUGCGUUGCACGUACUCCGGGAGAAAUUCCCCGCAGUGCGGGUACUUUCGUUAAGUGGGAAUCUGUGCACGGAUAAGAAGCCGUCGGCUAUCAACUGUAUUUUGGGGCGCGGUAAAUCCGUGCUUUGCGAGGCGGUCAUCACCCAGGAUGUGCUGAAAAAUGUUUUGAAAACGUCGGCGGAGGCACUGGUUGAACUGAAUGUCAAGAAAAAUUUGGUGGGGUCGGCGGUGGCAGGAAGUAUCGGUGGAUGCAACGCACACGCUGCCAAUAUGGUAGCAUCCGUCUUUUUAGCCACUGGUCAGGACGUUGCGCAGGUGGUCGAGAGUUCGGCAUGCCUGGUACAAAUGGAACCGCACUGUGAUGAUCCAGCAAACCUGCAUAUUACGUGCACGAUGCCGUGUUUGGAAGUCGGCACCGUGGGCGGUGGGACGAAUCUACCGGCGCAAGCGGCUUGCUUGAAGCUGUUGAACGUGCAAGGGCCUUCGCCGAUGCAACCGGGAGCUAAUGCCGAGAAGCUAGCGCGCGUGAUUUGUGGUGCAGUAUUAGCGGCAGAAUUAUCCUUGCUCGCGGCUCUUACGUCUGGGGAUUUGAUCGAAAGUCAUAUGAGACACAACAGAUCCAAGUUGAAUAUGUCGUACCCGACAGCGACCACGGGAUCGCCGAUGCAGCAUUCACUGGCUUCCUCUCCGGAUCCAGAAGUGGCGUGCCAAUCUGGACCAUGACAAUCUUUGUUCUUUUGAGAUUACAACCGGCAAAAACCAACCUCCUGGGCUACGAACUGAUAUAUUUCUGUUCUGUUUACAAUUGGCUGUUGCGGCAUCAGAGAUCGUAAAAGCGAAGCCGAGGCCUACAGGUUUUUUUAGAGGCGCAACAUUGCUGCUUGUACAUAUUGUCAGUACGGUAGUAUCCUACCAUGACUUCUUACU